AUGGACCCCACUAGUAAGGUCGGCGCACAUGGACGUCUCAUCCUCUCUUGAUGACUCUGCCAUGAGCGCCGUUGACGUGGCCCCAGGGUACACUGGCGGAACCUUACUUAACUUCACAGAUGCCGAAUCGUCCUCGUCACCGUCGCCUGCGUCGCCCUCAUCACCGUCGUCUGCGCCAUCGCCUGCACUUUCACCAUCGUCGGCUGCGUCAUCGUCACCCUCGGCCUUACCGACCGACUCUGAAGACUCCGCCGAUCCCCUCGACCUCCUCGGCUCACAGCCCCAGGUUCGCCUCGAUCUACAGGACGUGCACCACCCAGACUUCAGCACGUACCGCGAGCCCGCAUCGGCUGAGGAGUCGCCCGACGAACUCGACCUCAUUGGGCGCCACUCUCGCGACGAAUCUCCGGACGAAAUCGAUUUCCUCACCCGACAUGUCAGGAGCACAGCCUGCACUGCCAUCAAUACUCGAAGGAAGUCUCCCAAGUUUGCGGCCGGAGUCGACAUCAGCUACCGGUUUGUUCGUUGCAAGCAUUGUCGGCGCGAUGGUGUAGUCGUGAGGGCGCGCGGGCGCGCACUCAGUGGUCGAGGGUUCGAUCCGCCCGGAGCGUGA